AAGAUGAGAGAAAUCCGAUCGCCAUCACAUGUCCUCCUCGCCUCCAUCCUUCCUCUUCAAUUCGACCUCCCCUUUCCUUUCCGUCGUAAUCCAAAUUCCUUUAAAAUAAACACUCGAUUUCACCUUCUUCGAUCGAUCCUUCCUCCUCCCUCCUACCGCUCGAUUCGCAGUCGCUGCGACGCCCAAUCGAUGGCGGCGGGGGCGGCGGCGUCUGCCACUCACGUCCAUGACCUGCCGGAGCCGAUCCUUGCUCAAGUCUUUUCCCUGGUGGAAGACGUGCGCACUCGCAACGCCAUGGCGCUCGCCUGCCGCCGGUGGCGCGGCCUCGAGCGCUCCACCCGCACCGCCCUCGCCCUCCGCGGCCACGUCCGCUUGCCCUUCCUCCUCCCCACCUGCUUCCCCUCCGUCGCGCACCUCGAUCUCUCCUUCCUCUCGCCCUGGGGCCACCACCCUUUCCUCUCCUCCCACCAGCAGCAGCAGCACCACCACGAUUUCCCCGACGACCAUGCCGCCCUCGUCGCCGCGCGCCUCGCCCAGGCCUUCCCUUCCGUCUCCUCCCUUUCCGUCUACGCGCGCGAUCCCUCCGUGAUCGCCGCCCUCGCGCCUCUCUGGCCUAAGCUUCGAACGGCCCGCCUCGUCCGCUGGCACCAGCGGCCCCCCAACCUGCCCCAUGGUGCCGACCUCGCGCCUCUCCUCGAGGCCUGCCCAGCCCUCUCCGCCCUCGACCUCUCCCAGUUCUACUGCUGGACCGAGGACGUCCCCCCCGCACUCCACCAGUACCCCCUCACUGCCGCCUCCCUCACCCGCCUGGAUCUGCUCUGCCCCGCCUCCAACGAGGGCUACCGCUCCUCCGAGCUGGCCGUCAUCGCAGCAGUCUGUCGCAACCUCACUCACCUCCUCCUUCCCUGCGUGUUUAAUCCCCGGUGCAUCGAGUUCGUCGGCGACGACGACCUCCUCGCUCUCGCUGCCGCCUGCCCUUGCCUCUCCCUCCUCCACCUCGUCGAUCCGGCCACUCUCUCCCCCGCUCGAAUCGAUUCCGAUGCCAACGAAGAUGCCGCCAUCACAGGGCCCGGCCUCGAGGGGCUCUUUACCCGGCUUCCGCACUUGGAGGAUCUCGCCCUAGAUCUCUGCCACAAUGUUAGAGACACCGGCCCGGCAUUGGAGGCCCUGGGGAACAAGUGCUCCAAGGUCAAAUCUCUCAAGCUCGGCCAUUUCCACGGCGUUUGCCAUGGCUUGUGGCAGCACCUCGACGGCGUCUCCGUCAGCGGCCACUUGGAGUCUCUCUCCAUCAAGAGCUCACCCGAUCUGACCGACUCCAGCCUCGCCACCAUCGCCCGCGGAUGCCAGAGACUCUCCAGAUUGGAGAUCCACAAAUGUCACAAGGUGACCGCGGCUGGGAUAAAAAAGCUGGCCAGCAAGCUGCGCUCCACGCUGGUGGACGUCGCCAUCUCCGGCUGCCAGCUCCUCAACGCCACGAGCGCUCUGCGUGCGCUGGAACCCAUCCGCGACCGCAUCGAGCGCCUUCACAUCGACUGCAUCUGGGCAUCUUCUGAGCUGGAUCAGCUGCCUGUCGAGGAAGAAGAGUCGGAUCCGGAGGAGGACGACAUGGAGGCUCCUGACCACUCGAGAAGCAAGAGGUGCAGGUACGCACAAGCUAAUGAUGUCGAGAGCUUCGAGAGCGCCAGUUUCUGGUUUCGGACGUGGGAGAGGCUCCGGCGGCUGUCUCUUUGGAUUCCCGCCGGAGAAGUACUGACCCCGUUGGGCGACGCCGGGCUCGAGUGCUGCCCGCAGCUGGAGGACAUCUGCAUCAAAGUGGAGGGCGACUGCAGGUUGUGCCCCAAGCCUAGACAAAUGGUGUUCGGAUUGAGCUUCCUCUCUCGCUACCCUACCCUGCGGAAGAUGAAGCUGGACUGCGGCGAGGCCAUUGGAUACGCGCUGACGGCGCCCGCCGGCCACAUGGACCUGAGCUUGUGGGAGAGGUUUUACCUCCACGGAAUCGGCGAGCUUAUCGGCCUUUACGAACUCGACUACUGGCCGCCGCAGGACAGGGAGGUGAACCAGAGGAGCCUGUCGCUCCCAGCCGUAGGUCUGCUCCAAAUGUGCGGCAGCCUGAGGAAGCUGUUCAUCCAUGGCACCGCCCACGAACACUUCAUGAGAUUCUUCCUCGAUAUUCCGGUGCUGAGGGACGUCCAGCUCCGGGAAGACUACUACCCGGCGCCGGAGAACGACAUGAGCACCGAGAUGAGAGUAGACUCCUGCAGCCGCUUUGAGUCCGCCUUGAACGACAGGAGAAUUCCGGAUUGAUCGCAGAAUCAUCGAAGAAUUCCAUCUUGCGAGAGUAUACAAGGUACACACGCCCUGUUCGAUGCUUGUUGUUUUUCUGCCCUGUUGCUUAGUUCUUCCCCCUUUUUGAAUGCCCAGAAUCGACUAUGUUUGGUUUUGCAUGCCAUGAAGCUUUCAACAUGUUGUAUCA